AUGACCCCAAUGAUGCGGAUCCUGAAUGAGCAGGGACGGUAUGUUGCCAGCACAGCCACUGUCGCGGCCGAAGGAAACUUUUUGGCGGAAGAUGGUAUGAAAUUUGAUGUAUCGCUUUUCUCGAUGGCUCCCAAGGAAGCCAUGGCAAUAGACCCUCAGCAGCGCAUUUUAUUGGAAUUAACCCAUGGGGCACUGGAAAGUGCCUGCUACAUUGGGAGUAUCUCGAGCGAGUUCAAAGAUUCCUUCCAACAUGACCCCCUUGCCAUAAACACGAGCUCUAUGGUGCAGUCCGGAGGGGGAAUGCUAUAUAUAGAGAUUCUUGGCCCAUAUCUGGAGUCCGAAAUCGACACCGUCCCGAAACAAAAUGAGCAGGAUCUCCUAGAAGCUCUUUCAAAUACUCUCUCAUCCUGUCGGGCGACUGCGACAUUGGAGAUCACAAGUUUGUCGAAUCAGUACUGA